GCGACCUAAGAAAAGCAAAUUCGCCAAGAAAGGCAAACAGGUGCCAUGGGUGGCUACGCGGAGCCCCUGCUCUUCAGCAGCCGCAGCCCGCGCGUCGGCGGCCACAGCAGCAACAGCAUGGUAGUCGCGCUGCACGACGACGAGCUCGACGACGGCGACGCGCCGCCGGUGCGGUCGGCGCGCGCCGCGUGGGCGGUGUUCGCCGAGGAGUCGCGGCGGCUCUGGGCCAUCGGUGCGCCCAUCGCCUUCAACAUCAUCUGCCUCUACGGCACCAACUCGACGACGCAGAUCUUCGCGGGCCACAUCGGCAACCGCGAGCUCUCCGCCGUGGCCAUCGGCCUCUCCGUCGUCUCCAACUUCUCCUUCGGCUUCCUGCUCGGCAUGGGCAGCGCGCUCGAGACGCUCUGCGGCCAGGCCUUCGGCGCCGGCCAGGUGGCCAUGCUCGGCGUCUACAUGCAGCGCUCCUGGAUCAUCCUCUCCGCCUCCGCGCUCCUGCUCACGCCGCUCUACGUCUACGCCGCGCCCGUCCUGCGCCUGCUGGGGCAGGACGACGACAUGGCCGCCGCCGCGGGGAGCUUCACGCUCGCCAUCAUCCCGCAGAUGUUCGCGCUCGCCGUCAACUUCCCCACGCAGAAGUUCCUGCAGGCGCAGAGCAAGGUGGCGGUGCUCGCCUGGGUGGGCUUCGCCGCGCUCGCCGCGCACGUCGGCCUCCUGGCGCUCUUCGUGUCCGUGCUCGGCUGGGGCGUCGCGGGGGCCGCCGCCGCCUACGACGUCUCGUCCUGGCUCACCUCGCUGGCGCAGGUGGCCUACGUCGUGGGCUGGUGCCGGGACGGCUGGACGGGGCUGUCCAGGGCCGCGUUCCAGGAGCUCUGGGCCUUCGUCAAGCUCUCGCUCGCGUCCGCCGUCAUGCUCUGCCUCGAGAUCUGGUACAUGAUGGUGCUCGUCGUGCUCACGGGGCACCUCGACGACGCGGAGAUCGCCGUCGACUCCAUAUCCAUCUGCAUGAACAUCAACGGCUGGGAGGGCAUGCUGUUCAUCGGCCUCAGCGCCGCCAUCAGCGUCCGCGUGUCCAACGAGCUCGGGUCCGGGCGCCCCCGGGCCACCAAGUACGCGGUCAUGGUGGUGCUGGCGCAGUCGCUGGCCUUCGGGCUCCUGGCCAUGCUCCUCAUCCUGGCCACCCGGUCGCAGUUCCCGGUCAUCUUCACCGGCGACCGCCACCUGCAGAAGGCCGUCUCCAACAUCGCCUACCUGCUGGCCGUCACCAUGGUGCUCAACAGCAUCCAGCCCGUCAUCUCGGGCGUCGCCGUCGGCGGCGGCUGGCAGGCCGUGGUGGCCUACAUCAACCUCGGCUGCUACUACGCCUUCGGCCUCCCGCUCGGCUUCAUCUUCGGCUACCUCCUCAGGCUCGGCGUGCAGGGCAUCUGGGCGGGGAUGCUCUGCGGCACCGCGCUGCAGACGGCGAUACUCACAUACAUGGUCUGGAGAACAGACUGGAAAGCAGAGGCGUCGCUGGCGUUGGAGAGAGUCAGAAUAUGGGGUGGGCAGCAUCAUCAAAAGCUUCCUACCUCGGAUCAGGACGUGGUCAUCUAGACGAAUGCUGCAUCGGAUCGGAGAUGAUUCCUUAGAAUUCGGAUUCAUCGGAGAUGUAAAUGGCCAUCACAUCUCCUGCCGAUCAGUAUAAAUAGUUUGCCGGGCGGCAGCUAGGAUUGAUCAGAGGGAAUUCAGACUGCAUGCGACUACUACUGUACGCCAGCCGAGCCAGCACCGGCAGUAAAAUUUAGACAGGACAGGGGUUUAGCAUAGUCACACACCGGCAACUCACUCUAAGAGCACGACAUCUAUGGCAUUCAUUCAUUUGAGCUUUCCAUCUCUCAACAUCCUUCUAUAUAUAAUGCCAUGGGAACACAUGUUUGAA